UCAUGUGAUUAGACGACUUGAAUGCUAAGCUCCACAAUGGCCAAAUACGCUUAAAGUAUUGUAUAUAUUCUCAUAACAAUGAAGAAAUGGAAUAAGAAGAUGAAAACACGCCAUUGUGUUUAUUAUUUAACUUCCAAUUUGCGGUACACGUAGAUGAGCUGGAUUUCGUAUUGAAGCUGUCGUGUCACGUUACCUUAAAGCUCAGUGGAUGAUAUCAACUUAAAGCUCAGUAGGCACACCUUUUAGCGACUAACCUAGUCUGGAAGCUUGGGUAUCCGUCUGAUGUAAAGUCACCUUGGAUACAUAAGCAAACACAAUGGCGUGGACAGUUUACCACGGGAUUACCUUUGUCCUUACAUUUAUGAGUUAUGCAUUUUUCCAUGCAACCAGAAAGACUUUCAGCAAUGUGAAAACGACAGUUUCCGAAGAAUGGACUCCAUCUCCGUACAAUGAGACACAAUGUAACAAUGAAACCUGUCGACCAUAUGAUGUAUGGAAUUCCCAUGAUCUUUUUAAAAAACAAGGAGAAGAUACAGAAUUUCUGGGAGUUUUGGAUGCUGCCUUCAUGAUCUCCUAUGCUGUUGGUCUUUAUAUCAGUGGCAUGCUCGGAGACAGGUUCAAUUUGAGGCUGGUGCUAUCCUUUGGAAUGUGUACAUCUGCAAUUUGUGUCUUCGUCUUUGGGUGUCUGUUUGAGUGGAUACAUUUCUACAACAAGUACAUGUAUGUGUUGUUAUGGAUCCUUAACGGCCUACUACAGUCUACAGGGUGGCCCACAGUAGUUGCUGUGAUGGGAAACUGGUUUGGAAGGUCAAGUCGAGGAUUCGUUCUUGGUUUGUGGAGUGCCUGUGCCUCGGUCGGUAACAUCAUCGGUGCUCUAAUGGUGUCCUCAGUGUUGAACUAUGGCUAUGAUUAUGCAUUCCUUGUUCCGUCCUCAGUCUUAUUUGCAGGAGGUAUCCUCAAUUUCUUCGCAUUAGUGCCUUCCCCAAAAGAUGUUGGCUUACCAAUGGCUGAUGAAGACCAACAAAAAUCAGCUGAUCUAACUGAGGAAGAGUAUGAUAGUACAGGCAGUGUAAAUACUGGUCAGGUGGAAUCUGACCUCAGAUAUUUGCAUGGGUCCCAAACCGAUUCUGAAGAACCUCUGUUAGGCUCUAAUAACAGGAUCAGUAGAGUCGACACUGAGAAGGCGGUGACUUUACGAGAGGCGGCGUGUCUACCUGGAGUAGCUCUGUACUCCCUGGCCUACGCCUGUCUAAAGCUUGUCAACUACUCCUUCUUCUUCUGGCUGCCAUUCUACCUCGCCAACUCGUUCAAAUGGUCAGAAUCCACAGCCGACACAGUAUCUAUAUGGUAUGACAUUGGAGGCAUCAUAGGUGGAACAGUAGCUGGAGUAAUAUCAGAUCGCUUUGAGAAGAGGACAAUAAUUGUGAUACCAAUGCUCAUCCUGGCUAUACCGUCUUUGUUUGUAUACAGUCAAUCACCAAAAAAUCUGACAAUAAAUGGCUUACUGAUGACUAUUGUUGGGUUCUUUGUUGGUGGAGUGUCCAACCUCAUCAGUGCCGCAAUAGCAGCUGACUUGGGGCGACAGGGUCCAGUGGCUGGAAAUCAGAAGGCCUUAGCUACAGUUACGGGUAUCAUUGAUGGAACUGGAAGUGUGGGGGCAGCCAUUGGCCAGCUACUUGUGCCAGCUAUACAAAAAUUAUCUGAUGGUAAUUGGGUUCCUGUUUUUGUCUUCUUCAUGAUAAUGACAUUCCUGACUGGUGUAUGUAUAUUUCCACUGUUUAUCACAGAAGUAAAGGAUAUCAAAAAACGCUAUGUGUGUUCCUGGUUCAGGGGUCUACAGAGAGCCCCGCUCUACUCCGACAAUAGCUUUGAGAAUGACGAUGAACCCGUCAUCAUAUCUGCAGCAGACCAGAUUUCAUGAUAAUUAAAUUAUGUUAGUUUAACAUAUGUUAUGUCUGUGCCAUUUUAAUCAAUCUUCACGGUGGAAGUGGUGGUGUGGUGAUGUUGGUGGUAUUAUUCAGUCAUCACGGUGAAAGUGAUGAUGUUGUCAUGUUGGUCAUAUUAAUCAGUCUUCAGAGUGGAAGUGAUUUUGUGAUAUCUGUAUUAAACUGUAAACAGUCGUGAGGGUGUCGUGAUGCAUUCAGCCACGUUUUGUGUGAGGAAACAUAUGCUUGUUUAACAUGAUAUCAUGGUCUUUCAAGUAACUGUGAGACCCUGACAUCUUAUAUUUUGUCUCUGAUACACUUGUUCUUUAUGAUGGUUAUGUAUAAAAAGGAUCAGUGGAUAGCAGGUGAGAGAUUCAGGCCCAUUGGGCCCUUGUUAUUGGUUCUGUAUACAUUGUAUAAAUGUAAGGAUAUGUUAUCUAUUAAAAGUUUAUAUAAUUA